AUGGAGAUGUUAGCCGACAAUGAAGAGAAUAUUAACAAUAAUAAUAAUAUAUUUGAUGAAAUCGAUGAUGAAGAUUGGAUCUUAGAAAAGCCCAUAUCUGUCUUCGCUUUGGAUCCGGCUGAUCGACGUGUUUUAAAAGUUGCUGAUCAACGUGAUGCUGUGCAGAAGAAAACAUUUACGAAAUGGAUUAAUUUUCAUCUAUCAAAACGGCCAGGUUUACACGUGGAUGAUCUAUUUCUCGAUCUCAGAGAUGGACAUAUACUUAUAACUCUAUUAGAAUUGUUUACCAAUCAAAUAAUUCCCCGUGAAAAAGGUACUUCAAAAUUUCAUGCUCUACAAAAUAUUGAACAGUGUUUACAAUGCCUCGAACAAGAUCACAAUAUUCGUUUGGUAAACAUUCGUCCGGAAGAAUUAGUCAAUGGAAAUCCUAAGUUGACAUUAGGGUUAAUUUGGCGAAUUAUUCUUCAUUUUCAAUUUUCUGAUAUUAAUUUACCAGUAAUUGAAGAGAACAUUCCAGAACCUGUUCAACAAAUUGUCCCACCAAUUCCAACACGUGAACCGGCUACAUCUUCUCCGAUCAAACCUAUACGAAUCUCUUCAAUCUCAUCUAAAACUGAACGAAAAUCGUCGCUCGAUCAAAUUUCAUCAAACUAUCGCAAUAUGUUAUUAAUCUGGGCGCGACAACAAUGCCAAGGCUAUCCGGGAAUCUACAUCGACAAUUUCACACAAUCCUGGCGUAACGGGCGAGCUUUUCUUGCAAUUCUUCAUCGACAUAAUCCACAAUUGAUUAACAUCAAAAAUGCCUAUCGUAAUUCGAAUCGAGAUAAUCUCACUCAGGCGUUUGAUUUUGCGCAAAAACAUUACGGUAUUAUGCAGUUGAUAGAUCCUGAAGAUGUUGACACCGAUGAACCUGAUGAAAAGAGUAUUUUGCUAUACAUUGCACAUCUGUACAAAGUUUGUUCAACAUUACCAGUACAUCCGUUCCAACAACAACAUGAUCGGGUGAAUUUGGAAGGUGAAUUAGCUUGUGAAUACACGAACAUAGCUUCGGAUUUACUACAAUGGAUUAAAGCCAAACUAGACUUUCUCAAGAGUGAAAUCAAAUUUAAAAGCUUAAAUGAAAUUGAAGACUAUAAAGCUACUCUUCAAGCUAUUCGAUAUGACGAAAUGAGUAAAUUCAAGAAACUUCUACAUCGAAUGCGAUCGAUUGAUGCAGAAUUCGAAACUUUGCAAUUGAAUGAAACUUUACAACCAGAUAUUGAGUCAAUCAAUAUCGCUUGGAACAAACUCGAAACGACUCUUGAUCGUGUGGAGAAUGAUUUGAAACAGUUUAUUGAACAAUACAAAAAACUAAAGUCAAAUUUUGAUAAUGAUCUAGAUAUAAUAGAACGUGAUAUCGCUCAGAUCCACAGAUUAGUGCAGAUAAAGUCAAGACAAUUAGAUAUUGUAUCAACAAUGAAUCAACUGAACAGUAUACAAAUGAAAUUAGAUCACAUAUUAAAUAAUUGUCGAACUUUAGCUCUCCCAUUCGAACAAGUACGAAACGCAUUAGAAAGAAUUGAUCAAUUGAAUGCCCGCAUUGACGAUCUUCAUGUACAACUGAGUCCUCCUCCACCACCGAUAACGAAAACUGCCUCGCCUCCAACACCUUCUCAUCUUCUCGAUUCACCCUCAUCAUUAACAGCAACCAAUGGUUUUCAUCAUACGUCCAAACGACAGGUCAUUGGCGAUCACCAACAUCAGAAUCCUUUAUCACCAUUGGACAAUCCUGUUUCGUUAGAAACAACCUAUGUUAUUCCAACAGCAGAACAUGAUACAUCGUCGAACAAGAAAGUGAGAUUCAUCGUACAAAAACAGUCGGACUCAUCACCGUCAACAACAUCAUUAUCAUCAUCAUCAUCAUCAACAAUAGCAACAUCGAAUGGUAAUUUUAUAAUCUCGACUGCAAAAACAAACGAAAUGACUCAGCGGAAGAAUCUGUCUUUUGUUGAUGCGGUCAACAGCAAACAACUCGAUUUGUCAUCGGGACUUUUUUCUUCUUCUCUUCCUCUUGCUCUUUCUUUCUCAACUUUUUCUUCUUCGACAUUAUCGUCCGAUCAACACCGCCAUCCACAUACUCAUUUUUCCUCUUCGUCAUCGACGCCACACACGACUAUUAGUACAACCGAUAAUAAAAAUCUUGCUACGUCCUCGUCAUCACUCGCGGUGAAUAAUCAUCAUCCUCCCGUCGGUGUAGACACCAAUACCAAUACAACAUCGGCGACCAUUUCAUUGAAAGAGGCGAUCGACACAAAUAUUUUAGACGCACAUAGCGCCUACGUUGUCGAUACGCUCGAACAGCGUAAUUACGAUUUACGUGCGGCAUACUCUCGCGGUUUAAUUACCUCAAAUAAUCAUCGUAUUGUUGAUCGCGCGAACGAUAAACAAUUAACUCUAGCUGAUGCACUUAAAAUGGGCAUCUUAAAAGUGGGCGAUUCUCAAGCAUAUAACAUCAUCUCCAAAACAGAAUCCUUAGUUAUAUCAAGUGUCUACGAUCAUCGUGCUAACGUAUAUAUUGAUCCAAACAGCGCAAUAAAGAAGCGCAUUCUCGAUCCUUAUCAUGGCUUAUAUUUAAAUAAUUUAACACAAGAAUCUAUAUCGAUUGAUGAUGCGAUGAAUAAAAAUUUAAUCAUUGUCGAACAACAAUCGUCGACAGCUCAUCCACAUAAUGAUAAAUAUGUGAUUUCAACUUCAUUGAUACGUGAAACACGGUCGUACCAUUUACUAGGCGUUCGUGAUUACGUUAAUGAUAAAGAAUUGUCGGUGCAAGAAGCGAUACGUUUAGGAAUAUUAGACAAACAAAAUGGACAAUAUAUUAACAAGAAAACCAAUCAAAUCUUCUCGAUUUCGGAAGCUAUUGCACAAGGACAUAUACGAGCUCAACCGUUACCAGUUGAAGCAUCAUCAGCAACAACGACGACGAAUACUCAAGAAACAAUUGGAAUAUCCAACGGCAAGCGUGGCACUGUUAAAGAAACGAAGACUUACACACUUAAAAGUGCGAUACAUCCGCGUACAAAUAAAGAAAUACCCAUUCGACAAGCCAUUGACGAAGGAAUUAUCGAUCAUGCUAAGGGAUUUUAUGUAAAUAACAUUACAGGUGAAAACCUUCCGAUAAGUGUGGCCAUCGAAAAAGGUUUGAUCUUCACGGAAUUGAUGGAUCAACCUCACUCGAAACGUUCGAUCAGAACGCUAAUUAUCGAGCAAGUUGUCGAUCCAAUUACGAAUCGUCGUCUUGGUGUCACCGAAGCUAUUCAAUCAGGUUUACUUAAUUCAACUGUGACCGCCUAUCAUCAUCCAGUUAAUCAGCGACAAAUGACUAUCAUGGAAGCUUAUGAACAACGGUUAAUUCUCGGCCGAUUCGUUGAUCAAAGGCCAACAUCAUUUAUUGGCAAUCCACAACAACAAACUUUCUAUUCAAUAACUAAUAUUACUGAUCUUCGUACAGAUCGCGUUUAUAACCUUCAAGAAGGUAUUGACCAACGAUUGUUAGAUCAAAGAAAAGGUGUGUAUAUUCAUCCAGUUACUGGAGAUGAAAUUAGUAUUGGUGAUGCUGUUAAACGCGGUAUUAUACAAGUACAAGCAGUUUCGUCUCAGGUUGCUGAACAGAUAAGUUCAGCUAGUUCACAUUCAAAUGUAUCAAUACGCAUUGAACCUCAAGUACAUACAAGUCGACCAUCACAUGGUAUCAAACGGGAAACCGAAAUCAUUGAAAUCGAAUCCUUUCCACGUGAACCAAGACGUCGUCGACAUCAUCAUACGACGACUGAAGAGGAAAUCAUUGAAGAGCAUACGACAAAUGUUGUUGAUCAAGAAGUCUAUGUUACUCGUCCACGUUCGUCGGAAAGAAUUAAACAACGACAAAUCGAAGAGGUUGUGAUUGACGAUCGAGUGACAAGACCGCGACCAGGUCCAGUCGAUAUUAAAGAGGAGCGACAAUACAUUCAUGAAGAAGUUCACAUUGACACGGUUCGACCACGUCCACCACUCGUCCACGAAGAAAUCAUUACAAAUGGUUCACAUCGAGAACAUACACAAAUAAUUACAACGCCUCGUCCUCAACCUCCUGUACCACCACGGCCUUCAACUACCGUUGUUCGAGAAGAAAUUACCAGAACUGAAAUCGAUAGUCGAACAAAACCGCAACGUCCUGAUGAUUGGCACGAUGAUCAACAGCAACAACAGCAACAAUCUUGGAGUGAAGACGAAUGGGAGCAAUGGCAUUGCACAAUGAUGAUCAAGGAUAAACCAUAUCGUGUCGUCUGGGUGAUGAAUACAGCUACAGGUGAUCGAUUACCAUUACAGAAUGCAUAUCAACGUGGAUUAGUUGAUACGAAACAACGCUUGUUUUUCGAUGAGAAAUUAAACCGUCAAGCAUACUCAUUUGAAAAAGCCGUCGAAUUAGGUUAUAUGGGUGUGGAACCAGAUACAGCUUCGUUGCCUAUUCGUGUCGAUGGUAUUGAUUAUAUGAUUCACUGGGUGUUAGAUUCUUCAACAAAACGUCGCAUCUUUCCUCGACAAGCAAUUGCAAAGAAUUUUCUCGAUGCUAAAUACGGCCGAUAUAUCAAUCCAUUUAACAACUCACAAGUAUCACUACACGAAGCUAUAUAUUUGAAAUUUAUUGGUGCAACUGAAUAUGGUUCAACAACCGAUUCAAUCACUGUCACAGUCAACGGCCAAACAUAUAAUAUCAAAUGGGUUUAUGAUACACGAAAUAUGAAGAAGAUUCUACCACGUGAUGCAUUACGACAAGGCAUUCUCGAUGUUCAACUGAACGAAUACCGAAAAUUCGAUACCAAUGAUGUGAUGACUAUCUUCGAUGCCGUACAAGCUGGUUACAUACGCUGCACUGACGAUGAAUCCUCAUCUGACAACAGUGUACGCCCACCUUCGAUAAUAUCUGUUGACGAAGAUGAAUUAACAAUUGCCACAAAAACAGCAACAUAUGUGAUCACAUCAGUUAUACAUCCAUUGACACAAAAAGAAAUCAAAGUGUCCGAAGCCAUCGAUUUGGGUAUCUUGGAUAAAGAAACAGUACGAAAAUGCAAUAUGGAAAUCAGUAGCUAUCGUGAUUUGGUGACCAAUGCUCAAUAUGAAUUAGCUGAAGCCAUCAAUGAAGGUUUAGUCUAUGCGACAAUCAUCGAAACGAAAGAAGACACGGAAAUGAUGACAUCAUCAUUACAAGAAAUCAUCAAGAAAUUUAUCGUCAAGAGUGUUGCCCUCGAUAGUGAAUCACUUGAAAAGAUUGGCGGCCUAGAAGCUCAAGCUGUGGGCAUUCUAAAUUACGCUCAAGGUAUCUAUCACGAUCGUCGACAUGGCGUGAAGAUCCCACUUGAGAAAGCUAUCGAAAAGAGACUACUCGAUGUGGAACUUGUCAGCCAAAAGAAGUUCGAAGAAUAUGAUUUGGAAUUAAUCACCGAUACCAUAACUGAAAAACGUAUUACAUUGUAUAAGAUUCAUGGGGUACAAAAUAAUGCACUGGGCCGAAUGGAAUCAGGCGCUGUCGCUAUUAAAAACCAAAUGAUUGAUACUGAAGCGAAGACUUAUACGGACUUUUCAACGGGCGAAACGAUGUCAAUUCAAGAAGCUGUAAACAGAAAUUUAAUUCAAGCGGAAAUAAGCGAACAUGUCGAACGUAAACCAUUAGGUUUAUCAAUGCAAAAUGCCAUUCGACUUGGUUUCUAUGUUGCUGAAACAGGUACAUUCCGAGAUCCAGCUACUGAGCAUUACAUGACAUUAAUGGAGGCUAUUGAACGUGGUCAUAUUCAUGUUAAUGGCAUUGCAUUUGCUGAUAGUGACCAAGGACCUAUCACACUUUACGAUGCAUUUUCACUUGGAUUAAUCAACCGUCGAGACGGUGGUAAACUCAAUCCAGCAAAAAUCAGCUUAUGUCGCGCACAGUUAGUUGAAUCGAAAUUACAUCGUAUGAAUGUCGAAGAUGCUAUACGUUGCGGUCUAUUGAAUCUACGUACUGGCUCGUAUAAGCAUCCGCAUAGUGGUGAACAAUUGAAUUUGAAAGAAGCGAUUCAACGUGGUUUGAUCGAUGGUCAAAGUACUGUUAUUGAAAAUCCAUCCACUGGCCGUUUUAUGACAUUGAAAGAAGCAUUAGACGGCAUUCGAAUCGAUAACGAAGGACAAGUGGUGGAUUCGUAUUCGAAUAAAGUUAUCACGACAUUGGAACUAGCCUACAAUCAUCGAAAAUUGUUCUCUCAAUUUGACGUUAAUGCUGGUGAAGUGUUUCUUCCAUCACAAAAUGAAUCAGUUGGAUUUGAAAAAGCUGUCCGAAAGAACUUACUUGAUAACAAUCGUAUAAAACUGUUCGAUCCUAAAACUAGUCGAGAAUACUCUAUUCAAGAUGCAAUUGAACGUGGUCUCAUUGAUCACGAAUCUGGCUUAAUCUAUGAUUCACAUUCUCGUGCAACAUAUUCAAUUCGUGAGGCUAUUCGUCAUGGUAUUAUCGCCGUUGUUGGUGCACCACUUGUACCAAUUAAAGCUGACCAUGAAACUGUCGCUGCUAAGAUUACGUCAAGAAAUCGUCGACGUCAUUCACUAGCGAAAAGUUCGCUACAUUUCGAUUAUAAUAGUGCGCCGGAUUCAGCUGAUGAGGACUCACAUGGAAGCGGUGGUUGGCAUCGUAUUGCCGCGAAAAACCGCACGAAUAGUCCAACAUCUGCCAAUGGCAAACGAAGCAUCCGACGACGUACAGGCUCAAGCCCGUCGAGAAAUAACAAUCGCAAAGGAUGUCGAGAUGAUGAUUGGAGAAGUGGAUGGAGAGGAGGAAACAAUGACGAUGACGAUGACAAUGAUCGUUUCGGUGGCGGUGGUUCAAGAAAAACAGGUGGAAAUACGUAUUACUCAAGCACGACAACAACAUCAAAUAUCCGUACCCAAGACAACAAUCAUGAUUCAUCAAGUCGAUACCAAAACGGACGUUCAUCUGGCUUCCAACAAAAACAACAAAAUCUUUCUCAUCUACCAACAGUAAUUACCAAGGAUUCUUCGUUAACAUCGACAACAAAUAAUAAAAAUAAUACCGAGAAUAAUGGCAAAACGAAUGAACUCGUCGGACAUAAAUCGGAAAUGUCGUAUUUCGUACCGCCUGCUACGCAAGUCUCUCAUGAACCAGUUUCGUCAUCAUCGCCGAAAGUUGGAAAUACGAGUGAUGAAGAUGAAGAUUUGUUACACUCAUCGACCAUUCCAACAGAUACACUUCCAGAAUCUAAACAAGAGAAAAAGCUAGAUGAUGAUAUGGAUCAUUCAUCAAAAAUCGAAGAUAAUACCGACUUUAGUCAGUUUAACUCGUACGCUGAUGACAACCGUGUUAUUCACGAUAUGCAUGCGGUUGCUAGUCGUUUAACCUCGUUACAUGAUCAAUUGAAUCAAUAUGUAUAUCUCACAGAUAACUUGAAUGAACUUCGUGCCAAUGUUGAUCAGAUAAAGACAUUACAUUCGGAUGUAGAAAAAGAAAAAGAAGCAAUCCAUGAUCUCGUUGAACGAGCAACAGAAGUGAAUCCUCAACUUGCUACACUAAGUCAGGAUCUCGAAGAAAAACGAGUUGAAAUUUCGAAUAUCAAUAAUGGUCUAGGCAACAUCAUCGAACGAUUCGUAACUCAAACUGAUCAGUUCAAUAGUGAACAUGCUCGCCUGAAUGAUUGGAUAGCCACCAACGAUAAAGAAAUGCAAAAAAGUCUUCAAUUAACGACAUUAGACGAUGACAAUAAAACGUUUCAAACAAUUCUAAACACGGCUAUCAAUCUCGAACCACAAAUCACAGUAUUACAAGAUCAAUUACAAUCUAUCGAUUCAACUAUUCAAGAUUUCGAAGAAGCAACUGGUAACACCGAUGGAGGAAAAUCUGCGAACAUGUAUAAACAAUUUCAACAACGCUUUGACAAUCUCACCACGAACUAUUCCGAUUUUCUCAAACGUUCCAAACAAAUCUCCGAUCAAUGCGAACGCUAUCUAAUCACAUAUAAUGAAGUCAAUCAUCUAAACGAACAAGUUCUCAAAUCAAUGAAUGAAUUCGAUCAAAAUCUAGCCUCGACUGAUAGCAAACAACAGGACGACAAUACACUACAAGUUUUACUCCUCAACGUUCAACAACAACUGGACAAAUUAAGUAUGCUUGCUACCCACGAACCUGCCUCGCCAUCGCCCGUCAUCUCAGCGGGUAGUCAAAUUCAAAAUGAAAUCAAAGAACACCUUUGCACGUUAUUGGAUUCUCAUAAACAGCGUUAUGAUCAAGCCCAACAAGGUUUAAUGCAUAACUUCGAACUGAUCGAACGAUAUAAUCAUGAACGGCAAACUAUUAAAGAACGUAUUGAAGAGUUGAAUCAUUGGCUAUUGACACACAGCAACGAUGCAAAUGAUUCGAAUGAGAUUUUUGCCAAGCCGCUCUCGCUGAAACGUUCGAAACUUGACGAACAAAUUAUACAAUUUCGACAAUUUCAUGCACAGUUACGCACACGCCGUCAUUCCUUCGAUUCUGAUAUCAACACAACCAUUAACCUUGAGCAAUUAUUAGAUGAUGAUGACAAGAAUGCAUUGAAGUCACUCGAUCAACAUUUGCAUUCGUUAGACGAACAAGCAAAUCAAUACAAUGAACGAAUCAAUCGUUUAUCCACACGGCUAAAUGAAUUUCAUCUUGAACAUGCUCACUUAAUCGACAAUUAUUCGAAACGUUUACGUCUUUAUAGCGAACACAUCGAACAUAACGAUGACAUUAACUUUUCCGCUUUACAGUUACUGUUAAACAACGAUAACGAAACACCGAUCGAUCAUCAAUUCUACGAACUAUUGAUCAGAGAUCUUCUCGAAACGGAUAAUAUUGAAGAUAAAGAUGAGAUUCUUCAAUAUCAAAAGCACGUUAACGAAUACAAACAACAAUACGACCGAUUCCAAAAAGAUUUGAAAUCCAUUCUUUCACAUCGACAGGAUAUUCUAAACGAAUAUGAAUCGAAGAAAAAUAUCAUUCAAGAAUGGUUAAUAUCAGCUGAUCGUCUCUUGAAACAAUAUCCGAACGAAUUAACUGUAGAUUCGUGUCGACAACUACUGGAUGAACAUUCAAGAAUGCCCGUCGAACAAUUUAAAACGUUAAAUCAGCAAUUGAUUCAGUUUUAUUCCUCGAAUAAUUUAGUUAACUUAUAUGAACAGUUGAAAUUAACCAAACAUCCCAAUGAACAUUCGACGAUAACUAAAGGUUUUCAACGACAAACAGAUGAAUUGAUUGAAAAUUACACGACAAUGAAGGAGAGAAUUCUGCAGCAUCUGGAAAUUUUGGAGAAAAUCCAAAAACAAACAGAAAAAUAUCAAGCAGCGAAGCAAAAGGCAGAGGAUAUAAUCGAUAAAGCGAAAGACUUAGUUACGGUUGAAGAAAAUACAAUCCUUCCAUUGGAUAAUCAACAAAUUGAGAUCUUACUACAAAAAUAUAAAGAUAUUGCUGAUCAACUGAAAGCGAUGUCUUCGAGCAUCGAUGAGUUUAAAACAGCUGGUUUAAUGUUGAUCAAUAUCGCCGAAAGAUAUCUCGAUGUGGAAUCGAUUCAGAAUCAAGUGGCUUCGAUCGAUAAAAUAUGGUCGGAAUAUGUGGAAUAUAUUCUCGAUACCCUGGAUUAUAUUCAAUUGCAUCAGGAAGAUCUCCGUGAAUUUCAGCAAUUGUCAAAUGAGUUAACAAAUUCGUUAAACGAAAAACAACAAUGUUUAGAAAGUUUGAACGAAAGCGAAGCACAGAGUCUCAGUAGUGACUUGGGAAAGAUCUACGAACAAAUCGAAAUAUUGAACCAAAAAGGCGAGCUUUUGUUACAAAGUUCAGCGACCAAUCUAUCUGAUGAUACCGACAAUCAAAUCGAACGUUCGCUAGAAACCAUCAACCGAUACUAUGAUAGUCUUACGGUUAAAACGAAAAGUAGUGAUCAGACGGAAAUGACAUCGAAAUCACCGACAAUAAUAACAACAACAGCACCGACAACACCAACGCCGUCCGUAGAAGAACAUGCUCCGAUCUCACCUGCCCUCACAAAUCAAUUAACAGAUGAACUUCAACAUCAUAUCGAAGAAACUGAUCUUGCUAUGAAUGAAUUAUCGGAAUUAUUAGUAUCAUCGACAACUGAUACAGUCUCAGCUCAGCCAAUAAAGCUCAGCGAACAAUUACUCGAUAAUGUUGCCGUCCAAAGCGAAUUAGAACGACGGAAAAUCGUUCUCGAUCAGCUACAAUCAAAUAUCGACACAUUGAAACAAAUGGUGCCCAAUGCAGAAAACACGGAUUCAAUCAAAGUGUUGGAUGAAAAACUCAAUCUAUUGAAUGAACACUGGUCAAUCAUGAAACAAGCCAACGAUAUUCGUACGGAAAAUCUUCUCUUAACUCAAGCAUGUGCGAAUACGUUUUGGACGCAACAUUCCGAACUUGCAACAUUUCUCGACAACGUCGAAAAGGAAUUGUUACAAAUACGUCCACGUUCAACGUCCCGCGAACAUAUUGAACGCGAAAAGUCCAAGUACAAUCAACUAGUGAAUGACUUUGCAGCUCAACAAACGAAAUUUCAAGAAAUUCUCCAUGAGCAAAGUUUGCAAUUGUUAACUUUAAUCGCAAACAAUCCUGAAGAAACUGAAGAAGUUCAACGCAAUUUGCACGAGUUAGAACAAGAAUGGAAUCGCAUUCAAACCAAUUUCGAAACAUGUGAACAGGAAUUACAACAAGCGAUGAUCGAAUCCGCCGAAUUUAAUUCAAAAUUAGAACGUGUCUCAACUUGGUUCGAUGACACAUCAGUUCCCGCUAAUGUCAAUGAUAAUGACGAAUUCGAGCGUAUACGAACAUUUAAAGAACAUCUCGAUUGUAAAUAUUUGGAUAUAAUUAAUCUAAAACAAGAUUAUACAGAUAUUGAACAACGUAAACAACAACGUCUUGACGGCAAAAUCCAACAGGAUAAUCGUCAUAUGGAAGAAACUGAAAAGACGAAUCUUGUGGAACAGCAAUUGAGUAACAUUGAUUCAAAAUGGAGUGAAUUAAAUGGCAAAAUCCAAGAACAUAAAAAUCUUGUUUACGAGACCGCACUUCGUCAAAACCGCGUUGGCGACGUUGUUUCUGACAUCAAUCGCUCAUUGGACGAUUGUUCAUCGAAACUAGCUGCUCUAACAAGUAGUUCUACUCCAACCAAUCUCAACGAUAUGAAAUCUAUCGAAAUCUCCAUUGCCAAACUUCGCAUUCUUCUCAACGACAUUGAACUGGUCUCGUAUGACAUCGAACAACUGAAACAGAGUUCAGUGGAAGAGCAAAACUCAUUUGAACCGAUCAACAAACAAUGGGAAGACUUGCUCAAGCAAGCAACGGAGAAAUAUAAUUAUUUGGAAAGUAAAUUGGAACAAAUGAAACUAAAACAGAAAUCCAUCGAUCGUAUUUAUCAUGAACUUGACGUGAUCGACAAACAAGUGAAUGAAAGUACAAUAAACACGAAGUUUCCAGUACUCGUUGAACGAUUGGAGAAUAUUGAAAUAGAAAUCAACCGAGAAUUUGAGAAUGAGAAUAAUAAUCAACUGAUCAUCGAUUUGAAACAACGUUUAAUUGAUGUUAAACAGCGAACACUAACCAAGGGUCAAGAAUUAAUUGAAUUAGCUCAUUCGAUUGAACUAUUUCAUUCAUCUUUACAAAAAUUCACCGAAUGGUUAACUGACACAGAACGAUAUCUCAAUCACCAGAAGCCUGUGCAACGUCGGUUUGGUUUGAUUCAAACUUUAUUGAAACAAAUCGAUGAUCAUAAAGUGUUUCAAAUUCAGUUGCAAACAUACAAAGAACAUUUGAUUGAUUUGGACAAAUUAGCAACGCAUUUGAAAUUUGUUUCGCCGAAAAAUGAUUCAAUUUACAUCAGAAAUUCUCUCAUUAGCGUACAAACACGUUGGCAAAAGAUCUUGACGCGAACCACGGAACGCACAAAAGAAUUGCAAAAAGCGUUCCAAGAUGCGAAAAAGGCUAUUGGACCGGAAGUCACGGAUAUCGAUCGGAUUAAAAGCGAAGUCAACCGACAAGCAUCGUUGUGUACAUGUUCGAAGAAGUACGAUGUGCAGCAAGUGGCAGAAGGACGCUAUCGGUUUGGAGAAUCACAAAGUCUUCGUCUUGUUCGAAUACUUCGAUCGACGGUUAUGGUCAGAGUUGGAGGUGGCUGGACGGCAUUGGAUGAAUUUCUUGUACGACACGAUCCAUGUCGAGGACGUCUUUACUAUGUGCCAGAAUCUCAAUCAGGUGACACGAAAGGUCGUACGAAUUAUGAGCUACAUCCAGAAAGUUAUGCUCUACGUGAUGGCGUAGCACAGACAAUGACCUUAUUCAAACCACGACUUGUUACGGUUCAUCGACCGACAUGUCUGUUCCAUCAACAACAAUUAGCAGCUGCUGCAGCAGCAUCGAAACAAUCGCCAAUUUUAACACCGAAUCGAGGAUCGAAAGACAAAUCUCGACGAACUUCGUCCAUUAAUUCUUACACUCAACAACAUCAAACAAAUUCUUCAUCGAUUGGUGAUCUUUCCGCAUCAGGCGAUGAUCUUUCCACGUCGCCACAUAUACUAAGUGAUUCCGAAGCAAGACCAUCACAUAUACCAGUUCCUAUCGCUUCUUAUACUCCAAACACAUCAACAUUGAGCCGAACAUCUAGUCGUGAGAGUGUUCUAUCUGAACAUUCAAUCGCAUCGAUAUCUUACGCACAACAGCGACGACCUAGUAAACUUCCAUUACCUGUCACAAGACAUAAAAAAUCUAGCAAUGGAUCUACACCAACUAAGAAUUCUUAA